GAAUGAAGGACCGUCCACUUUUUGGUACACGCGCAAUGGAGAAAGAGCCAUUUUGUUCGAAGAAACAACGUGGCAGCCGGUGUGCCCGGUAUUCUUGUAACCAUGAAUAUUCGCCUACUAUUAUUAAUUACCGUCACGUAUGUAACUGUCUGCCUCUCAGCGGUAGAAUUACUACAGUCAACAAAUUCUUACUUAACAAAGGCUGAUAGUGCGCAUUUAAAGAAAAUUCUUGAACCAGGUUUAACAUCAAAUGAUUUAUCAUUUGUAUACUAUGCUGUCCAUGGUUAUGGAUUUCUUGGAGAAGCUUUACCAAACAAGCAGGCCAUCUGUGAUUAUCUAACAAAAGUUACAGAAGGUGACAAUCUUACAACUGAGAAUGCAUUUUACAUUGCAUCUGUAUGGAAAACUAUUGGAAGUUGUAAACAAAAACCUGCAUCAUCUGUUGUAAAGGUACUUAUGAGUACAAUAGAAAAAGAUACUUCCAGUAUCAUGGAAUUAUAUUAUGCAGUAGAUGGACUGACUGCUUUAUCCGAGAAAUUGCCGCGCGACAAGGUUGACAAAGUAAUCAAAGCAGUACAAAGUACUCUCCAAAAAGAUGACAAUUUAUGGAACCUAGGUUACACUUUUCACAUCGCCUCGGAUCUAGGAACAAGUGGUUCGUUCGCGUUGAAUCGUAUCGAAGAUGCAAUUAUACAGGCUGACGAAGUAGAUGGACAAUAUUUACAAUUUGAAGGUGGUCUUUCCGUGACUAGUUUCUUAGUAAAUGGUAUAUUUAAACUUUCCAACACACUGAAGAAGAAACAACCAUUAACGUCUCAGCAAACUGUUAAACUGGCUAAUUAUCUUCUGUCACGUCGUUCCGUACAGACACCAAGAGGUGUUACCAAUUUACUCUCAGCGUUAACGACUUUAGCAAACAAUGAUUACGAAAAGCCAAUCUGCGUAACGCUAGCCAACGAAGGAAUUAGCAUUUCUACUCGGCAGCCUUCGGUCACUGUGAAAGUUUGCGACCUUCUUGGCAAUCCGCUUGUCAGCGUACCGAAAGUGGUCGCGAACUCGGCAACGAGAGUCGGUGACGACGUUGCCAUUUUGAGUAAAGAAAAUUUCCAGCCCUCACCAAGCGACAAAACGUUGUUUGCACUGAAUUUGAUGGAGAAAAAACCGGAACGUGGAUUUUAUAAAAUAUCCGUCGCGGCAGGAUCUGUGACGAAUACUGUCACUGUAAAAGUUCUCUGCGAAGUGGUAGUUGAUUACUUGGAAAUCGGUACUGCCGACGCCGAUCAAACUACUCAGCCAAAGCUUACACGAGCGACAUAUCCAAAGAAAUUGUCUGAAAAAAUAGAGGCCGAUUCUCAACAGAAGCUAGUAAUGCGAUUUUUGUUCAAAGAUGGUACUAUUAAGAAACCUAUGCGCACCCAUCAGACCUUUGUACGACUUUCUUCGGUGUCUGAUUCGAACAACGAUAAGAAGGAACGUGAAAUUCUGUUAGUUGCCGAACCAGAUGCAUCGCAUCUUUAUAAAUUCGAUAUGCCAGUAGGAAGUAUGGCAGCAAAUUUUGAUUAUCAAAGCGGGGAUUACAAUGUGGAGCUGAUCGUUGGCGAUGCAGUAUUAAGUAAUCCUUUCCAGUGGACAAUUGCAACGGUCAGUUUAAAAUUCCCUGAACCGACUUCGAUCGAACGAGCAGACAAGAGUGUCUCUAAAUACAAGUCCAAUAUUUACGAGACCAAACCGGAGAUAAAGCACAUGUUCCGCGAGCGCGAAAAGAGACCUCCUGCAUUUGUUUCCAAUUUAUUCAGCGGUUUGUGCUUAGCUCCAGUUCUUUUGUUACUGAUUUUGUGGGCCAAACUUGGAGUGAACAUAUCAAAUUUCCCAAUUUCGGUUAGCGCGCUUACAUUCCAUCUUGGAUUGGGAAGUAUUUUCGUGCUCUUUGGAAUAUUUUGGUUGAAGCUGAACAUGUUCGUCACUCUUCGAUAUCUUCUUGGCCUUGGUGUCGUUACUUUCCUCGCAGGCAACAAAAUGUUAUCGCGUAUAGCACAUAGACACAAGUUACGUUAAAAUGUGUUACAGGGCAGAAUAAAAUGUUUGCCCAUUUUAAUGAAAUCAUUCAUCAAACGGAGAGAAGAAAUCGGGAGAAUAACGUAAUCGAUCGAUUACGAUGCAACAUCAAUUUUGUAAUACAAGAUCAUCGACUGUGCGAUAGAGCGAUGAUAUUUUCUAUCGCAGUUAGGCGUAAGCAAGAUAGUUUUUAAAAUAAUUUCUGUAGCGAUUCUCGGUGUUAUCGAGCAAGACUAAAAAUAUUCAGUGCGCACCUAUCAUUCCAUUGCUCUUGUUAUCCGUUAACCGUUGAUGUAUGUGUGGUCUUCAAGAGAAUGUGUAAAAAACAACUUGAACAAAAUAUACAAAUUCUUUACA